UUUAAGUAAUAGAGAAAUAAAAGCAAAAUUUAUAUAAUAUGCCUAUUUAUAAAAAAAAAUGAUUUGAAAUAGAUAACAAAAAAACAAGUUUAAACGUUCAAAAACUUUCGUAGAUAAUUUUUGUUUCUUUUUUACUAUUUAUUUUACAAUGACUGAUCUAAGUGAACACGUUGAUAAUGGAGAUUUUCAAGAAAAUAAAACAGAUUGCAACAAAUUUUAUGAUGAUGCAGCCAAAUAUUGGUCAGAAGUCCCGCCUACAGUAGAAGGAAUGUUAGGUGGUUUUGGUUUCAUAUCGCAUUCUGACAUUCAAGGAUCUCGAAAGUUUUUAAAUCAAAUUAUAAAUUUUAAAGUAAAGCCAGAGCAUACAAGAGCUUUGGAUUGCGGUGCUGGAAUUGGUAGAAUUACUAAGCAUCUUUUAGUACAAUUAUUUGACACUGUUGACAUGGUUGAACAAAACCCUGAUUUCCUAAAAGAGGCAAAAAAAUACAUUGGCUCCUGCAAUAAGAUUGGUGAAUUGUUUCCUGAAGGUUUACAAAAUUUUACUCCAAAACCCCAAACCUAUGAUUUAAUUUGGUGUCAGUGGGUUCUUGGGCAUUUAGAAGAUCAAGAUUUUAUUAAUUUUUUCAAGAGAUGUAUUAAUGGUUUAAAAACAAAGGGUGUUAUUGUCAUAAAGGAAAAUGUUACAUCUUCAGGGGUUGUCGAAGUUGAUGAACAGGAUUCUUCUGUAACAAGACCACCAGAACUUCAACGUCUUCUAACUUCUGCAGGAUUGAGGAUAGUUAAAGAAACCCAACAAACACAUUUACCAAAAGGAUUGUAUCCAGUUUAUAUGAUAGCUUUGAAACCUAUUACUCUUUAGACUAAAGAGUCUUAGUUAUGCAAUUUCAAAAAAUAUUUCUUCUGGAUUAUAUACAUUUUUCUGUUUUAAUUUAUUAAAUGGUGUUUUUUCGAAUAUUAGUUUCAUUAUAAAAUAUGUAAUAUAAGUUAUAAUAACUUACAGAAAAAUUUCAAUCUUUAGAUGU